AGGCAUCAUGCCUCGGAAUACGGCUGCUCAUAGUGGGCGUGGCUAAGGUUGCGUCACAGUAUUUCGUUGCUAGGCUGCUAGCUUAGGGUUUCUCCAAAUCACGUCUUUUUUUUAUCGUUUAUCUUUAUUGAAACACAAAACCGUGCAAAUAGCGCAGUAGUUUUACAGCGACAUGGGUACUCAGAGGCAUACCGGUGAUUUUAAGCAGUGCUCGGCUCAGUGUUUGGGUUAAACAAACAGUAUCUCUCUCUCAACUCAUCGACCCACGUCUGGGCGCAAAGUCGCCGCUUGCUAACUUCCUAGCAUCUUCGCUUGUGUCAGCAGGUUUCUGCAGCGUUUAUGACUCCACGUUUUGAUGAUAUGACAUUGUUUCAAUGUUAAUAGUGUCGUUAAAGUUCAGUGUAACCUUGGUUAAUGUCGUAUUGCUUCAUAAAAGUUAAAGAUCCGGUGCAUGUUCACAGCUCAGGGCAGCUUAAUCCGCCAACAAGCUGUCAAGAUGGACCUACGGAGACCAACACGAGACAGGAAAAUGUUGGCAACCUACAAACAUAUGAGGGAUACAAAAUGGUGAAUAUUUUCCCAUGUCCACCCCCAUUCUCAUGACACCAAUAGGGAGAUAUGGGCAUCCUAAGACUGGUAGUCAGAAUCAUGGGUAGGAUCAGUACUUUCAGGUCCUAUCAGUUUGUGCUGCUCCUGGCUGCCGCACUUGCUGUUGUAGCUUUUUACUACUUUGGCUCAGAGAGGCAGAACUUCUCCACCACCACAAAGAGGAUCAAGCAGACCCAGGCCAGCCACAACACCAACAGGAACGAUGCAGACCUUACAGUGGACACCAGGCUCCCACACACAGCUGGAUCUGAGGAGCAAGGAUGGGAAGAACAAGAUGUAGGCGGAGAGAGUGAGGGAUUUAGGCCCAGGAUGGUGGACAGUGAUGCUGGUGACCGUCGCUAUCACGCACUCAUGAUGUUUACCAAGGUGGACAAGAGCCGGAGCCUGCAGGACAAGUUCAAGGUGGCCAUGUUGUCUAUGGUUAAGCAUGGACGCUUCCAGGAGGGAGAGGUGUUGGUCCUUCACUUUGUGAGUGACCCGACCAGCAAAGAACUGGGAGAGAGGAUGCUGCAGGAAUUUCUCCUUGAUGCAACGUUUAAGUAUGAGGUGUUGUUCCAUGACGUGGUGGCUCUCACACAGAAGCUAUUCCCUAUUGUGGAGGCCAUGCAGAAGCACUUCAGCGCUGGCUCUGGGGCUUACUACAGCGACGCCAUCUUCUUCCUGUCUGUUGCCAUGCAUCACAUCAUGCCUGAAAGUCUGACACACAUAGUGCAGCUUGACCUGGAUCUGAAAUACAGAACAAACAUCAGGGAUCUUUUCCAAGAAUUUGACCAGUUUCCUCCAGGAGCGGUAAUAGGCAUCACCAGAGAGAUGCAGCCAGUCUACAGACACACAUUCUGGCAGUAUCGUAAGGAGAACCCUCAGACCAAAGUAGGUGAACCUCCUCCUGACGGCCUCCCAGGCUUCAACAGUGGCGUGAUGUUAUUGAACCUAGGAGCUAUGAGGGCUUCGGCUCUCUACAACGAACUGUUGGAGCCAAGCAAUGUGGCCAAACUAGCAGACCAGUACCGUUUCAGGGGCCACCUGGGUGACCAGGACUUUUUCACCAUGAUCGGCAUGGAGCAUCCUGAACUGUUUUAUUCCCUGUCCUGUGGCUGGAACCGACAGCUUUGCACCUGGUGGAGGGACCACGGAUACGGAGACGUGUUUCAGUUGUAUUAUCGAUGUGGUGGACCCGUCUAUAUCUACCAUGGGAACUGUAACACCCCUAUACCAGAUGACUGAUGUGUACGUGCUGGACUGAUGCUGGAACUGAAAAAGAGUCUGACGUCUUCAAUAUAAUUAAAGGAAAAUGCCUGUCCUGCUUAUUGGGAGGAAGGAUUACGACUUUUAUCGAAGUUUCUUUGUUGACCACUGUACUGCCCAUCUAGUCGGAGACUCUGCCCCCUGCUGGUCAAGGGGCAACUGAAGGGCCCGCCCAUGAAGGUUGCUCCAAAUGUGGUGCUUAUCUGUGUAAAUUCAGAAUACAUUUUGGCAUUCAGGCCAAAAACAGCCUUGUCUUAGAGCGAUAUGAGGGACUGCAAUAGUGGUGUGUUUAUUCAGGUACUAAGAUGAUGAAAAGAAGAAAUAUGAUCUAUGAAGGUUAUUUUGAGUGACAGAUCCAUUACAUUGAAGGCUUGACAGUAGAAAUAUGCUGUUCAUGUCACAAAGUAAUCCACCAGGAACUUGGAUGACAUUGCGUCGCAGCAAAAGUUUGGUUUUUUUUCGCAGUGAUUUCAAUACAUUUUGAGGAGAAUUUAAAAGACCAUUGCACAAAAAAACUAUUUCUGAUUUAUAAGGAAUUUAUAUUGCUAAUAUGUUAUCUGCAAUGAACAUUGUGGUGGUCAGCAAACGUGUGGCAAGUACCAACAAAGAGUCAUACCAUUUUCCACUUCCCUCCCUCCAGUCUCCACCACCUUUCCAUCAGUGGCCCAAGCUCAAGUGUGGCCCUAUCUUUCUGCACCACCUCGCCAGGUAAGGGCUAAUCUGGUGCUAUUUAUUUCACCUCUCUAGCUUGUAGAAAGAGGAGGGGUUGGUUUAUCCCCAGUGGACCCCAUCUUUCCAGAACCACGUGGGCACAGGGCACAACACACUGCCACAGUUCCUUUCAAACGUCUUUUUGCAAGUAUGAAGACAGGGGGAAAAAAAUCACAUCAGAAGGUGGAAGAGGUGUCGCAAAGAUAACACAUAACAAUAAUGGCUUUUGAUGGUUGUUGUUUGUGCCCUGCAUUGACAGUUUAGAUGAGGCCAAACAAACCCGCAUCAGCCAGAGACACGUUUCAGAAGGGAUGAAGCUGCCGGAAACGUGACUGCAGACACUGACCUACUUUUGAGUUUUCUUUCUGUGCUUACUGAACUGAAACUCUUGAUUCAAAGAAAUGUCAGCACUCAAUAUUAAUCAGUCAGGAAAUUGUCUGAGGUGAUGCACUCUUUGACACACGUACACACAGUGCGAGGGAGGCAGCUGAAUGCCCUGAACCAUCAAUGCAGUCAAUGGAAAGGCUAGUGAAGACGCAUGAGAAUAAACAUUGUUCCACAUCAAUACACUUUUCUUGAACUAACCCUGAAGUUGAUCAAUAUUUUUUCUUGCCUCUUUCACAACAACACUCUUAAGUCUCCACAGAGGUAAAACACAUUGUUAGCAAGAUAAAGAACCAUUGAAUCCAAGUAAAUACUGAAACAUGGCAUCCAUUUAUCAGUUCCUGACUGCACUUUACUACUUAAAAACAUGUGCUUUAUCUGUGGUUUUUAUCAACUAACCAGUGGUUAGAUUUAUUUUAGGGUGUUUAUUUGUUGUUGUUUUUGAAGGACCAUAAAAUAGAUUUGUACCCAUUGACUAUAAAUUUACAUUUGUAGUUUCUAAAAUCUAAAAACGUGCGUUGCUCUGGCUGACAUAUUGAAAAAUGGUAGAUUAUUGGCUACAGCAUUUAAAUCCAAAGGUAUCAUCAUUUGAUAACGAAUCUGUGUUCGGUCAGCUGCUAAUCUCUAUGUACUGUGUACUGUGUAUAUCCAUACCAAGGUUUGGUGACACAGGUCUGUAAUCUAAAGCCACUACCUUCCUUCCUAGUAGUCCUGGCUUUCCAGUAUAUGCUUAUGUGUUUUGUACUAACAAUAGGGAAUGACUAAAAGACUCUCUGGGUUAUCUUAGCAAUUCAUAGCAUUAUUAAUUGUAAGUGUAAGAAAUCCAGUUGUCUCCCUGUAUUCCCUAUAAUUAGUAUCAAACUACAUGCCUGUAGUCGUUUCCAAGAACCUGCUUUGAAAUUAUUAGGAGAUCAUAGACAUGAAAAA